AUCUUUUCUGUUUUACAGGAAGCUGAGAGUUGCAUCACAUCUUGUGUUUACUCAAAGGUACUCUUAAUUAUGUUUAUCUCGUGUGGUUGGUUUGCUCUGCUUGUCCAGCUGCAUGGUUUAUAGGAAGCAACAACCUGAUCUUUUCUUUUUUCCAUAUAUAUAUGAAUUCAGAUAUUUGUUGCAUUAGUCUAGCUCUGCUAUUGCAUCUCCUUUCAUCUCAUAAAACAUGAUAUCAAAGUAAAGCAUGCUAUUCUAAUUAAAAUAUUUGUGUUGAUUUUAGUUUAAUACUUGUGUUAAUUUAUAAGUAGAUUCCACGUGAGUGUCAUGUUUGCUUUUGUUAACCCCAUUUGUUAUAAUAUCAUUAUUUUUGUUCUAUUUAAAAAAUAUAUAGUAUGUACAAUAUUAUUGGUUAAUGUAGUACCGACCUAACCUAAAAUUUAUGCUCGUAACUGUGUUAGAUGGCUAAAAAGGGAACCACCUUUAAGUGGAGUGACGGGGAUUCAGUCGCAUUAUGUGAAAUUUGUCUUGCAUUUAUUAAGGACAAUGGGAAAGCACAAUUUUUUAAGUGGAAAGAAAUUCAAGCAGAUGUCGAAAAAAAAGUUGGACGUGAACUUAGUAAUCCAAAUACUUGCAAGAACAAAUAUGAUACAAUGAGAAAAGAUUGGCGUACUUGGAAAUCUUUAAAGUUAUCAGAAACGGGUUUAGGGUGGGAUCCAUACUCGGGGAAAAUUGAGGCUCCAAAUGAAUGGUGGCAAAGAAAAAUCAAGGAGAAUCCAGAAUAUCAAAAGUUUCGACUGAGGGGUGUAAGCUUGGAGCUAGAACAAUGUUGGGAAAAAUUAUUUGGAGAUUCUUAUGCAACAGGGGAAAAUGUCUAUGUGCCCUCAAUGGAUUCCAUUGAAGACCUUACUAUACAAAAUGAAAGUAUGGAGGACGGGAAUAUAGAAAACUAUGGAGGUGAUACAUAUUUCCCAAGUAACCAACUUAAUGAUGAAUUACUUAACGAUGAAAACUUUUUUCAUAAUUUUGUGGAACAAGCGCGUAAUGAUGCGAAUAUAGGAAGUUCGGCUAGUAGGUCACAAGGGACUCAUGAAGCUGCAAACAAUGAAAAUCGUGCUUCUAAUAAAAUCCAAAAGCAUCAUCCAACAAAGUCUAAUAGUGGCCAAGUAAAACGUACAAGAAGACAAUCAGGAGGAUCUGCAAUGUUAUCUAAGGGAAUCGUCGAACUGACAGAGUGUGUUAAGAUCAUGAGUCAAAGUAGUACAUCUAAUGAUAGUAUGUCUUCAUCCAUAUCCACAGUUUCUAAGGCAAUGCAAAUUAUUAGUCGUAUGGUGGAUAAAGAGUGUUUGGAGAAACAUAGUGAGUUGUGGUUCUAUGCUACUACUGUCAUCGAAGAUUCACCUAAGAGGGAGGUUCUUUUUAGCAUGGAGGACGAUGUUAGCAGAGCUAAAUGGUUAGAAUAUCUAUAUAAUAAGGAACAUAAAUAGAAUGAGUCAACUAGUUUAGAUAUUGAUGUUUUGUUUGUUGUAGUGAUAAUUGUUUUUGUUUUGUGGUUUUGAAAUUAUGGGAUUAUUUCUGUUAUUUAUUUAA